UCCCAUUCCUAGUCCACAGUUUGCUAUUAUCAUAUAUUGAAUAUUCUGUGUUCUAGGCGUAUUAAUAUUUGAGAUGUCCGAUCAAGAGAGGCUUCUUGCUACAAUAGCCAGUAUUGCUGCCGCGAGUCAGGUAACUAUGGAAGUAGCAGACACAGCGGUUGAUGCUUUUUCUAAGGGGAUGAAUUUUUUGUCUGGUGCCUUCAUGGGCGAUUAUGAAAGGAUGACCCAAGGUGCUUCAGGAUUUUUGGCAGCAACUGGUAAAGUCGCAGGAAAGUUGUUAUCAGUUGGGGAUAUUGUUGGUAACCGUCUUACUGAUGAACAAAAGGAACACCUUGUACAACGAAUCAUGAAGGCUGUGCUACGCUUAGAUAUACCGGAUAUAGCUACACUUCUACCACUCUUGGCCAUUGAUUCGACGGUACGGAAUGCUGUGUUCAAAGAAUUAAAAGAUUUCCUUCGCGCCAUGAAUCUAGUCAAGUAAUUGGCUUUCCGGGGAGAAGUUGGUGAACCAGAUUGUGUGCGGAAAAAAAUUGUAGAAGAAAAGCAUCAUUCAAAAAGGAUCAAAUUCGCACGCAGUUAACUAGUAAGCCGCGAAAAUAGGGGACAUUUUCAGGCAAUCAGACCUUUUAGUCAGUCAUUUACUAUUAUGUAUCACCAUCUAAUAAAAAAUAAAAGAAAUGUCUAUACAUGAA